AUGAAUUCUGCGGCACCCCAUGCCCGCGAAGACAAGAACGACGACGCAGAGCUCAUCAAUGACACCUUCAUGGAAGGCUUCGAUGCCGAGGCCAUCGCGCUAAAGGACAACAUCUUCAAAGAGAAGGCCAACGCGGCGUUGGGGAAGUUCGCUGCUGAGUCCGAGGAGGUGCCGCUGUCGAAGCCGAUAGGCGGCGUCCUGGAUGGCGAGCGGGCCCUUGCUUCCGACGCGACCGUCGAAGCGCUGUUGGAGCGUGCCCGGGGCAGCCUCUUGAAGCUCAGCUACGACCCCUUCAUCCAAGAGGUCACUAGUUGCUGCGACGCGCCGAAGACCCGGGAGGAUCCUGAGAACGCUUUCAACGCAAAGGCGACGCGCAGCCGCGAGAAGGCCGGCAGCAACCCCAUCGCGCUCGAGAGAUGCACGCCGGCUGUAGCCGAGCAGGUUGAGGAGUUCAACGGCGGCCCCCUGCGCCCCAGCAUCGCCGAGGCCGUCGGGCUCGGCACAGAGAUGGAGUUCGUGUUCGACUAG